AUGGGUGUCCCCCAAGAGGAGCGGCCAACUAUUCUUGAAAAACUAUUUCAUGUGGUUCAAGCGGCCGUCCCAGGAGGGCACAUUUUUGUGUUAAUAGCCGACGUGACUGUGCGCUUAUUGGGUAGCUUUAAUGAUCAUGGUAACAUUGCUCAUCCUUUAAGGGAAAGCCCCAUUAUCAAAAUCCAUGUAAACAAGUUGUGCUUUAAAACAUAUGAGAUUCGUGAUAUUGACUAUCAUAUUAUCAGUACCACUGAUACGGUUGCAUCGGAAUCCUUUGAAACUUAUAAAGUCAAGUUUAUUCCUGCAACUAGGUCAUCAAUCGAGGGAUUACAGAGAGUGAGGCCUGAUAGUUUGGAAGAAGCUACUAUCAAACAGAACCUGUCAUGUAGUAUUUGUAUGAAUGAAUUUGCACAAGGCGGUGUUGAUCAACUGAUUACUCAUUUGCCUUGCAGUCACCGUUAUCAUGUAGAUUGCAUUAUUCGGUGGUUGGAGACGAGUCAUGUGUGCCCCUUGUGUCGAUACCCCCUGCCAAGUGUGGAAGAUGGCGAGCCUUCAAAUUCGUAA